AGAAAUAACCUUGAUAAAAUGAACAUCAACAACAUAAAUCGAGCAGUGUUUGAAUUAUCAAGAUGGUGGUUCCAAAUAUUUCUCUCAAUAAUGAAGAAGUCUGCCCAGCUUUGGCUUUAGGAACGUGGUUGUCCAAACCAGGAGAAGUAGAGGAAGCUGUCAAAUACGCAAUCGAUAUUGGCUAUCGGCAUAUAGACUGCGCAUGGCUGUAUGGUAACGAAAAAGAAAUCGGAAAUGCGAUUAGAGCGAAAUUAGCAGACGAGACUGUACACAGAAAUGAAUUGUUCAUCACUACCAAGUUAUGGAACACAUUCCAUGAGGAAGAAGAAGUGGUAGAGGCUUGCAAGAGAUCCUUGAAGAACUUCGGCUUGUGUUAUGUGGACUUGUACCUCGUCCAUUGGCCGUGCGCCCAAAAGAACCUGGGAAAGGUCGAUUUCAACCUUCCCUUCAAGGAUGCCGUCAACAUUCCAUACGAUUUCGUGAAAACUUGGAGGGGAAUGGAGAGAUGCGUGGAGCUCAAGCUAGCGAAAAGUAUCGGUUUGUCGAAUUUCAACAGCAAGCAAGUUCAAAGGAUCCUGGACAAUUGCAAGAUCAAGCCUGUGAUGAAUCAGAUCGAAGUGAAUCCAUAUUUCAACAACAAGCAACUCAUAAAGUUCUGCAAAGAACGCCAGUUGGCGAUUCAAGGUUACAGCCCUUUGGGAUCCCCAGCUCGGCCAUGGAUCAAACCAGGCGACCCUGUUGUAGACUUGAAAACCCCCGAAGUCGAAGGCAUUGGAAAGAAAUACGGAAAAACGGGUCCUCAAGUUAUCUUGAGGUACGUUUACCAACUGGGUGUGAUUCCCAUCCCUAAAUCUUCGAACUUUGAAAGACUCAAACAAAAUAUCGAUAUAUUCGAUUUUGAACUGUCAGAAGAAGAUAUGGCUGUAAUGGAUAGUCUCAACAUUAAUGUCAGGGCUUGCCAUGCCGAGGAACUCAAGGAUUCUCCUGAUUACCCUUUCAAGGAGAACGAAUUUUGAUGUAAAUGAAAUGUAUAUGAUCCACCUACUGUGCUGUAUCAUUAUUUGAACGAAAUAUAUACCAUUGAAAAUCA